UUCGCCGCAGUCGAGUGCGUUGUUGAACGUGUUGAAGUGAGAACUCAAGGGCAGGAAAUAACCCGGAACAGGUUCAUGUCAGACGGAUCCUCAAGGACGCCCAGCGGGGACCAUGUGCGCCCGAGCGGCAUACGGCGGCAGGCCUUCGACUAGACUCUCAUUCAACCUGUAUAUAAGGACCCAGAUAGCACCCUCUGCAACUUUUCCCCAACCUGCUACGCGAGCGAUAUGAGUUCCUCGAACGGCCUGAUCUGCUUCACGAACUGCUUGCUGCCGUUAGAGGACGGGAGCUUGGUGGAACGCGAUCUGUGGAUCGAUGAGCGGCGCGGCGUUAUCUUGGAUGCCCAGAAAACUUUCUUCCUGCGGAAGGAGCGACCGGCGAAGGUCAUUGAUCUGGACGGGAAUAUCCUAAGUCCUGGAUUUCUGGACAUUCAGAUCAACGGAGCGUACGGCUUCGACUUCUCCGUAUAUCAAGGGGACGAUGAAGCGUACUCGAGCGGGCUAAAGACAGUCGCCGAGAAGAUCGUCGAAACGGGUGUCACUUCUCUUCUCCCGACAACGAUCACACAGGAGAAGACCCUAUACCCCAAACUCCUCAAGCUUCUCCGUCCCUACUCCAGUCCCAAUUCCGCAACACUCCUUGGGUGGCAUGCCGAAGGGCCCUUCAUUCAGUAUGCGAAGCGCGGGGCUCAUGCGCCUUCAUUUUUGCAACCCGCACCGAAUGGUUUGGCGUCCUUCAAGGAGGUCUACGGCGCUGAAAACCUAGCGGACGCGGAGGACUGGCUUAUGACCGGCGAUCAUGAGCGGGGCCUAGGCGUUCGAGUUAUCACUGCGGCGCCCGAGGUGGAGGGCGUCAUGUCCACCAUUGCGCCCUUAUCGAAGAGCGGUGUCGUAUUUUCCAUUGGGCACAGUCUCGCGUCGUCCGCGAAAGCAUUAGAAGCCGUUCAGCGCGGUGCACGUCUCAUUACGCACUUGUUCAACGCUAUGCCUCAGCUGCAUCAUCGCGACCCCGCCAUCAUUGGUCUCUUGGGCGCCUCCCCUCAUCUCGCGACCUCUUUCCACCCCAUCACCGCCAAGACACCCAUCGACACCCGCUUCGGACAUGACCUCUCGCGUGCGCCCUCCCUUUCAGCAGCAAAGCAACUGGCUGCCGCCGCGGAAGCCCUCGAUGAAGUCGACACGCCGCCAACGUCCCCAGAGCACCACGCUGCGGCCGGCGGCCCCCUCAGCGGUGUCGCCUCACCUCUGAAUCUCGGGCAUGAAGACUUGCUUGCGAAGAGGGAGCACUUGAUGCCUCGGCCAUUCCAGCGCCCUUACUACGAGAUGAUUGUGGACGGCAUUCAUUCGCAUCCUAAUUCUGUCCGGCUUGCGUACACGGCGUUCCCGGAGGGCUGUAUAUUGAUCACGGAUGCCAUGAAGAUUCUUGACCCGAACUUGAAGGACGGUGUGCAUGAGUGGAGGGACGGCAAGCGCUUCGUCAAGGAGGGCGAUCGUCUCUACCUCGAGGGCACGGACACCCUUGCCGGGAGCGUCGUCACCCUGGACAAGUGUGUCCGCAACUUCGUCCGCUUUACCGGCUGCUCGCUCGGUGACUCGAUCAAGUGUGCGACCUAUAACCCGGCGAAGUGUCUCGGCAUCGAAAAUCGCAAGGGAACACUACGCGCAGGUGCUGACGCUGAUCUCGUGGUCCUGGACCGCCUCGGACAUCCUCUCCAGACUUGGGUCGGCGGCAAGCAAGUUUGGGGGAAGCAGUAGUGGAAGGUUCAUAUAUUCUUUUCGUUCUGGGAUUCGUGUUGUAUGUUGUAUACUGACUCAAGGUGGAAUCUUAUUGCGUUAUCUCUCA